UCACUUACUGUUGCGUUAGAAAAUCUGAGUUACACCCUGAGAAAUGCAGAGAUUUUUCAUCACUGGAUGCGUGGACAUCACUUGAGUCUCAACAAACUCCCAAUCAGUUGCAAUGGACUGUUCCAGUAAGGAAGAAGAAAGUCCAAAUGAAUCUCCCAGUGAAGAUGCUGGAGACAAACAGCAAAUAUUUCCACAUUCUUCUGAGUCAUAUCAAAAGGAAGAAGUUGCCAAAUUACAAGAUGUUCCUGCACCAGGUGAAAUUUUAGUGCAGCUUAUUGGGACCAGUUCUGUUAUUCUUGCUUGGGACAGUCCAGACAACAUAUCUUCAUUUGAGUUGACUUGCUUCAGUCCUACAAUUACAAAGACCUUUACUGUCACCAAUGCUACAGCCACAGAAGUAGAAGAUCUGUGUCCAGGGACUGAAUACACGUUCAGUCUUGUUUCAGUUUCAGCAAAUGGAGAUCGAAGUGUCGGAGUUGAAGUGACUGCAUGCACCAGGCCAGUUCCACCUGACAAAUUCAAGGCUGAGAAUGUGGGACCCACAUCAGUUACUCUUAUUUGGGAUGCAUCUGGCUGUGAAGACAAGAAGUUUCAUGUAGUCUGCUGCCAGAAUGGCAGAAUCAUUCAUGAAGAGACGACAGAAUCAAGCAGUGUGGUUUUCAGUGACCUAAGUCCUGGGAAUAAGUACUCUUUUUACAAUACAAUAGUGCUUCCAAAUGGCAUUCGAAGCAAAGAAGCAGUCACAUACGCUCAAACCAAAACAAACAUUCAGAGCCUCUUACAGGAUUUGGGGUUGGAGCAAUACUACCCAAACAAACUCUCACUCAGCAAUGUGCUACAGAUUGACACAAGGUCAGUGACAGAUGAGCCAGCCCAGUCUCUAUCAUCUUUACCAUGGCUGUUCCUGAAGAAACUGAUGAUGGUGAAUGUGACUGCGAGAAGUGUCAAAUAUUCAUGUAAUGACAGUGAAGAUUGGUCAAACUUAGAUAUUUACAAUGAUACAUUUGAUUUCCUUAAUGAUCAGAACAGCAGUGUGAACCCUUUAGACAUAGUGACAGCGCUCUUUUUUUGUUCAGAUGGUUUCCUCCAACAGGAAAUGGUCUCAAAAAUGUCAAUGUGUCAGUUUUCUGUGCCUUUGCUCCUUCCAGAAUCUGAUUCUCAGUGUAUGUACAUGCUUUGGGCCAUGAGAGAUAUUGUGAAGAAAUUUAGACCUCAUUCAUUGUCAGACCCAAGAGGCUUUGUGGAGGAGAGAAUUGUUCACUCUGAGCUCCCUCUAGUAUCCUUUGUUAGACUUGGAAAUUGCAGCAUUUCUAAAUCUCAGAUCUUAAACAAAUUGCUCAGCAACCCCCAACAGUAUCAUGACACUUUUGUACAUCGUGAUAUGGAUUGCGGAGACAUUCCAAGAAAGAUAUCAAAUGGAUUAGUGGAGAUGAGUUGGUAUCUACCUUGUGGAAACAAAAACAUUGAUGUUUUUCCUGAACCUGUGGCUGUUGCAAACUUGAGAGGUGACAUCAAUGCCUUUGAAACACAGUACUCCUUCUUAUGCCAGACCUCCACUGCAGUUUUUGUGUUCUUUGACAAUCUAGACACAAACUACAAGUUACUCACCAACCAACAUGCUAAAGCACAGUUUUUUUUAGUGGGCAAUGUACAAAGCAAAACAUUUGAUUUGGAGCAGCUGAAACGGGCAGCCUUUGAAAUGAGUUUGAAGAAAAACAACGUAAUUCUGAAAACCAAUCAAAAUGAUGCACAUUUUGUGAAAACUCUGCAUUCUACAGUAAAUUACAUACUUAAUAAUGUCCCAAACAGAGCGUGUCUGGAGGAAAUGGACACCAUAGCACAUGAACUUGGAAUUCAAGUUGAUGAAGACAUCAAAGAAUGUCAGAGAGCAAAAAAUAAUGUGCAUGUCUUGACGAAAAGUAUACAGGAUACACUGCAGUUCAAAGAGAAUCAGCUUCCCCUUCAGGGUAAAAUAUGGAAAGAUUUGGCAAAACUGGAAAAAGAGGAAUGCAGACUCCGGAAAGCUGGUGACCAAAACAUAGAGACAUACAAAAGUGAUCUCCAGAUUAAAAAGACUGAACUCAGGAAACAGCAAAGUAAAUAUGAUAUCUCAGAGGCCAUGUCCUGUUUUGUUAGUGCAUUAUCAAGCUCAAACCAGGAGAGGUCCUACUUCUUAAAGUGGAUGCGGAUGAACCUUGACAAUCUCUCCCGAAAAAGCCUCUCUAGCCUCCGAGAGCAAUACAAAGAAAAGUGUCAGCAACUGUUAGAAAACAAAGAAGAAAUUAUACAGCUUGAUCAACAAAUUUCUAACAGCUCUUUAGGAAUAGAGCACUUCCUGCGUGAAAUGGGCCAACUCUAUGAAGCUGCAGUGUUGCUUCCUGAAAACGAAGAAUCACGUCUACAAAUGCUACACUUACCCCGGCUAUGUGCUGAGCUGAUGUUGGAUGGCUUCCCUCUGGAGCUUGUUGAUGGAGAUGCAUCAAAUAUUCCCCUAAGGUGGGUGAGUGAUGUGCUCCAGUAUCUGGACACUUUGUUGCAGCCAAAUAAUAAAAUCAUGGUGGUCACAGUUUUGGGAGUCCAGAGCACAGGGAAGUCCACCUUGCUGAACACCAUGUUUGGAGUUCAGUUUGCUGUCAGCAGUGGAAGAUGCACCAGAGGAGCUUUUAUGCAACUAAUUAAAGUCACAGAGGAAAUCAAAAAAGAACUUGGCUGUGAUUUUUUAGUAAUAAUUGAUACUGAAGGACUGAAAUCCCCAGAGCUGGCAAAACUAGAUGAAAGCCAUGAACAUGACAAUGAAUUAGCCACACUUGUUGUUGGAUUGAGUGACAUCACAAUCAUCAACAUUGCAAUGGAGAAUUCCACAGAGAUGAAGGACAUUUUGCAGAUAGUGGUCCAUGCUUUCCUCAGAAUGAAGGAAAUAGGUAAAAAACCUAAGUGUCAGUUUGUCCACCAAAAUGUUGCUGAUGUAUCAGCCCAUGACAAGAACAUGAGAGACCGAAAACUUCUGCUUGAGCAGCUGAAUGAGAUGACAGAGGCUGCAGCUAAAAUGGAGAACAAGGAGGAGUAUAAAUUGUUUACUGAUGUGAUGGAGUAUAAUCCAGAGACUUGCAAUUGGUAUAUCCCUGGGCUUUGGCAUGGAAAUCCUCCAAUGGCACCAGUGAACGCUGGCUACUCUGAGGCUGUCUAUGACCUUAAAAAGAACAUGAUUGAUGUAAUUGGAAAAUGCAAACACAAAACACCUGGAAACAACAUAUCAGAAUUUUUGGAGUGGACAAGAAGCUUGUGGAAUGCAGUGAAAUAUGAAAAUUUCAUAUUUAGCUUCAGGAAUAGCUUGGUGGCUGAUGCAUACAUGAGACUGUGUACAGAAUUCCAUAAAUGGGAUUGGUCUUUCAAGAAGGAUAUGCACUCUUGGUUAACAGUAGCCGAAAUCAGAGUGUCAAAUUUUGAGAUAAUCAAACAUAAACAAGAAAAACCAUACCAAAAACAUCUAACAAACAAACUGAACAGAGCUGUCACAAAGCUUGACUCGUUGGAAAAGAUCACCAUGGAAAACCUUUCCAAAUACUUUGAACAAACAGAGGGUCAUGUCUAUCUUGUGGAAAAGUACAAAGAAGACUUUGUGAGCAGUGUAAAAUCUCUCAGGAGGGAAACCGAGAGCUCUUUGCGGACACAACUUGAGGCAACAGUGGAAAUUAGGAGAGCAAUGAACAAUAUGAAUAACAUCAAGAAAACAUUCACUGAUACAAUGGAGAAAAAAGUGCUGGGCCUACUGGAGGACUUGCGCAAAAACAACAGCUCAAAAUGUGAUGCACAUAUGACAGAUGAGCAGCUUGACAGAUUUUUUGACCAAAUAUGGCAAAAAACCAUAAAUGAGCUGUUGUUUACUGGAUUGAAGCAAAGAAAUAUAUUCGAUUUAGUUUUCAAGCAACUUCGAGAGAACAUGAAACAGAAAGGAAGCUCUGUUGCAGAGCAAUUAAUGACAGUGAAACUGAAAGAUCAAGGAAGAGAGGAGUUUAAAAUCACUAAAGAUGUCUUUUAUAAAAGGUGGAUUAAACGUAUGACCAAUAACAACUCUGCAGUGGAUCUACAGAAAUUAGCAGAUAAUAUUAUUCAGACAUGCUCUCAGUUUGUCCUGGACAAGACGGCAAAGCAUUCAGAUUACCAUGACACCUACAUUCAGGAAAUCCUAAACAUAAUUGAUGAAAGAUUGACUACUCACAAAAAGAUAGGAUUUUCAGACAAAUUUGAACUGUCCCUAAAAUUGCACAUUUGUGGGAUGUCUGCAAGAGAAUUUCAACACAUGCAUGAAUGCUUCAUUAAGGAUAAUGACCCACAUAGAUGCCUUGAUCAGUUUAAAGACAAAUAUCGCAAUGAUUUUAAAGACCUGUUCCAUGAUCGUGAUCAGUGUCAGAGAAAGGCUGAAGAAUUCACCACACUGUGCUUGAUGCCUGCAGUUGAGACAUUCAUUUACAGCUCCUUGGGUCCAGACAUUGUUGACAAAAUGCUUCAGGGAAAAAACGCAUUUCAAUUCAGCACUCGUGCAUUUUUCCAGUACACACUCUUAAAGCAACUUUUGAAUGAAGACAAUUUUGAACAGUAUGUAAAAUACAUCAGCUCUUAUGAAUGUUUUGUUAAAGUCUGGAUAUUAGAUCGAAUCACUGAACAGUUUUCGAAUGGCCAAGAAGUUUCUGAGUUGGAGGAAUGUCACCUAAGAAUAAUCACCAAGGAAAUACUAGAAGCUGUCAAAAUGGCACAGAAUGAAACAAAUGAAGAUGGCAUCAAGGGAUUUAUACAAUGCAUAUGCAGGAAGCUUGGACAAAAGCUAAUAAUUCCCAAAGAUGCCCUAGAAACAGUGAUGAUCCUAAACAACGCAUCUCAAGAACCAUUUGCUCGCUGUCUAAACAAUUCUGUAAAAGAAAUGGAACAGACACUAAAGGAACAGUUGAAGAAAGUCAACAUACAGGGCAAACUGUCCAAACUCAAAAUGAAACCCCAGGAUGAGCUCUUCAAGCGAGUGUUUGGAUGUGGGAAACAGUGCCCAUUCUGCAAAGCUCCAUGUGAGGCUGGUGGGGAAGCCCACACUGAUCACUUUGCUUCAGUACACAGACCUCAGGGACUUGGUUCCUACAGAAAAAAUAGCUCUAAAACAUUAGUGACAAAUAUUUGCUCAACAAAUGUCCAGAGUGAAAAACAUUUUAUUUGUUUCCAGACUAAUGAUAAAAGACAUCCUUACAAAAAAUACAGAGAAAUCUUUCCUGACUGGCACAUCCCAGCUGAUGCUAGCAUACAGGCCUCAGAUUACUGGAAAAACGUGUUGGCCCGUUUCAACUCUAAGUUUGCUGAAGAAUACAAUGCUCGUCCUGCUGAUAUACCUUUGACCUGGAAAUUCAUCACAAAGCAGCAAGCUGAGAACAGUUUAAAAGAGUCUUUCAGCAUCAAAUAAACAAUUCUUUUCUUUCACAACUAUAGAUCCAGUGAUUUGGCUGCACUCUCACACUCAGUCUACAAAAAUAUACAUUGGUAAUAUGACCACCAAAACCACUGACUGCUCUUUGUGAUUGAAAAAUGUUAUUGAUUACUUCUGAAUAGUUUCAGCUGAUUUCUGUUUGAUGUCUGACUAUGAAUUUCUGUAAUUAUUAUUCAGUAGUUUAUUAUAACUUUCUCUAUAUAAACCUUGCUUUUCAUUUGCACUUGUAACACAUAAGUGAAUCACAUGGUGAUCUCCUGAUAGUGUGUUGAUCAUUCUGUUUAUGACAAUCAGAUUAAUAUUUACUGUUAUUUUGGUCAA